ACAUGAAAUUCAUUCUCAUUCUCGCUUGUCUGGCGCUUUUUGUGGCCCACACUCAGGCUCAACAGUGUCGCGGUCGUCUUCUGCCAAACAGGAAAGUCUGUAUUGGUGGUCGAGAUGAAGGUCGCACAGGUCGCGGCUGCGAAAGGUUUACAAAUCCAAAUAUGUGGUGGUACGAUGGUAGUGACAGGACCUGCAAGAGAAUGAUGUAUCGCGGAUGUGGUGGCAACAACAAUCGCUAUUGCACUCGUGCGGAAUGCGAGAGGAGGUGCAGGCUUACUGCUGCUGUUACUACUGCUGCUCCUACUACUGCUGCUCCUACUACUGCUGCUCCUACUGCUGCUCCCCCUGCAUAAUUGAAAGAAAUCCCAUUUGAAUAUUGAAAUAAAUCGAGUGACUGUACAAAGGAAUUUAGAUUGUUAUUUUU